AGGCCAAGACCCUGGCCCCUGGAACUCUACUGGCAUGUGCUUCCAUAAGAUCAACCCUGAUGACUUUAAAGCUUGGAAGAACAAAAUGCACCAGGACUUAGAAAGAACCAUGGAUAAGCUCCUAAGUGAAAAUUCAGCACAGGCUGAACAGACUGAGUCAAGCCUGGAGGACCUAGAGGAUGACUUCACUGACAGCUUCAUUGGACUCAUAGAUGCUCAUGUCCAGAGAAACAACCUGGAAUCCAUUCCUCUACUUCAAGAUAUAAGAAAGGAAUUUCGUAAUAGAGUCCGGAGACCCAGACCCCAGAGGUCCUCUGUCCCAGAAGAUCCAGAGGCCCCGGACUCUGACGAGACCUUUUUGAAGCGAGUGGAAAGAUUAUUCCAAAAGAUGCUGGAGAAAAUGCAAGCAAUGUGGCAGAAGGCGCUGUCCUGGCUGUGGAAGAUGCUGUCCUGGCUGCAGGAGGCGCUGUCCUGGCUGCAGGAGACUGUGAAAUCCUUUAUCCAGGAUUUUGUCUGCUUUGUGAAGUAUUUGUGGAACCAACUUAAGGGUUUCUUCUGUGCUCUGGCAUCCUUCUUCCGCCAGGCCCUCUGUGUCUAAGGAGCCCUGCCAGGUGGAUCAAGGAACACUUUGACACACCUAAGAGCCCUCUGAGCCCCACUUCUCAGAAUGAAUCUUCUACAGGGUCUUUGCCCUCCUGCUCACCCCUGACCCACUCCCUCAGCCUCUCCCUGUCCCCCCCCUCCAUCCCACCCACCAAAUCCUCCCUGCCUGGCCUUCCUGCUGUAGUUCUGACCUGUCCUCUUGCUCUGGUGUCUUCAUUAAAAAGCUGCCUAAAUGGAA